AGCUACAGUAUGGUUAAUGCACCGUUAAGGGUAGAGAAUCGCUAAAACUAAAAUUGCAACUUUCAUGCAUGUCACCCAUCACAGCAGGUUCGACCUUUCACCCCUUCUCAGUCACAUGACGCCUCAGCUGACUGGGUCAGGAUCACUGGAAUUUGUUGAAUGACAUCUACUUGCGAGUUAGCUAUUUACCAUUGACGGAUAUAGGGAAGAGUAUCGGCGAUCUACUGAAAACGUAUAGUUAUACUACAGAUCUAACGAGAGGAGUGUACAACGUUACUCAAGGAUGUCAGGAAAAGACAGGAUCGACGUGUUCCCCUCUCGAAUGGCCCAGACCAUUAUGAAGGCACGCUUGAAAGGUGCACAAACGGGCCGGAACCUGCUCAAAAAGAAAGCUGACGCACUGUCUAUGCGCUUUCGACAGAUCCUGCGAAAGAUUAUAGAGACCAAGACUCUGAUGGGAGAGGUGAUGCGGGAGGCUGCAUUUUCUCUAGCUGAAGCAAAGUUUGCUGCUGGAGAUUUUAGCACUACAGUGAUCCAGAAUGUCAAUAAAGCUCAGGUGAAAGUGCGGGCAAAGAAGGACAACGUGGCAGGUGUUACCCUGCCGAUUUUCGAACACUAUCAAGAGGGUGGGGACAGCUAUGAGCUGACUGGUCUGGCCAGAGGGGGAGAGCAGCUGGCCAAACUGAAGAGGAAUUAUGCCAAGGCAGUGGAGCUGCUGGUGGAGUUAGCCUCCUUGCAGACCUCGUUUGUCACGCUGGAUGAGGCUAUCAAGAUUACUAACCGCCGUGUGAAUGCCAUCGAACACGUGAUCAUCCCUCGUAUUGAGCGCACUCUGACCUAUAUAGUCUCUGAGCUGGAUGAGAGGGAGAGAGAGGAGUUCUACAGGCUGAAGAAGAUCCAGGAGAAAAAGAAACUGUCCAAGAAGAGGAUGGAGCUGGAGAUAGCUGAACGCUUGGCCAAACUGGGCCCCAUCGCGGACCCCGUCAACCUGCUGACGGAGGAAGCCGACGAAGACCUGCUGUUCGAGUGACCGGUCCACGGGUGGGGCUUGAACCCAGCCCCGGCCCUUUUCUUAUUUAUUACAAGCCUCUGAGGCCAUUGUGUCCUUGAAGCUAAAAUUGUUUUCGGGUUAAUUCGUCCUGUGCUUCGUUGUCAUAUUUGUUCUCCCAGAAAAAGGAUUUUGGUGUUGAUGAACGAGUAUUUUACGUGAUUUUCUUUAUUGCCUGUCUUUGUCAUUGGUUCCAUUCCUUUCAGAGACCAAAUUGGAGAUGGUUAUGAAUUCAUGUGGCAAUAACCUAGGAAAUAACUGGAAAAGGCUACAGUAUUGGCUCAGGUGGUUGGUCACAAGGUUCCACAAUAUCAUCUCACUUCAUCAAUCGUUACUGCGCACUAGAUUAGUUAGCUAGCCGCAUACUAAACAAAUCACUGCAGUCAACCAGCAGAACUGUGUUACUACGGUUACCACUAGGGGUGUUCCAGAUCCAAAAAGGAGCAUGUGAAAUAAAUUGUAUGUUUUAACAUUGUACAUUUUACUGAAAAUAUGUUGGUAGCAAGGUUUACAACUGAAGGUUUACAACUACCCUGCAUGUUUCUCUUUUGCAGCCUUAUUGGUAUUGGUCAGUCAGUGAGUCCCGUAGUACAACGUGCUGGCUUACUUUCAUCUUAGUAUAACAUUUGGCCAGGUAAACCCUGGGGGGUUUGAUGGCACUAGGCUAGUGGCAGUAAGAAUUGAUUGUUACUUUCAAGUGCUGCCACAUCCACCCAUAGAAAGGUUUCAUGCCUGCUGGCUGCCUUCACUGUAGAGCUGGUCCCCUAUGACCACCCAGUGGCUGAGGACCCCCCACAUAAAAAUUCCUAGUAUUUCACAUCUUUAUGCAAAUGUAUGAACUGCAUUGGCUAUUUAACACACCAGUAUGUAAAAGUAUGUGUAAAUGUUGCAUUAUACAUAUAUGGUACUGUACAAGAUGUAGCUACUUAGUAUAUAAAUGUUUAAUUAUGAAGACCACAAUAUUACGAAGGAAAUGUAAACUAAUGUCUGUUUUAAGUCUUAAAAUAUGCCAUUAAAAAAAUAUAUAAAAAAUACAACUUAAUAUUUUCUCCAUUUUGCUGGGCACUGCUGUACAUACCCCUCGGGGUCAUCAAGGCCCCCAAAAACCCCGCCCUUUCAUGAGCAUUACAGUGUGAUACCUGAACCAUGUUCCCUGCCAGAACGCUUGUAAGGCAAAUAAACUUUUAUUUGCGUUAACCUCC